AUGUCAGAAAUUCACAAUCAAUUCAGCGACGUCUUUCAACCAAAAGUUGGUGAAAUUCCAAACUAUCAAUGCUUUUUAUCUCUUCGAGUUAAUGCACAACCAAUUUUUAUAAAGCCUCGCCGAGUUCCUUACGCUCUCCAAGAGAAAGGUGAACAAAACUUAGGUGACUUAGAAAAUCAAGGUAUUAUUAAGAAAACUGAUCACUCCGAGUGGGGAACACCUUUGAAUAUUGUGCCGAAGAAGAAUGGUGACAUUAGACUGUGUGCUGAUUAUUAUUAUUAUUACAAAGUAACUAUCAACAAUCAACUUCAAGAUAAUCGUUAUCCUAUUCUCAGAAUAGAAGAUAGUUUCAAUAUUAUGAAAAAUGGCAAAUAUUUCUGUACAUUAGACGUCUUCAAAGCACGUUUACAUGUUCCUGUUGAUGAUGAAAGUGCACGAACACAAACAAUUUCAACUCAUCGAGGUACCUAUUUAGUUAAACGACUCUUCUUUGGUAUCAAAACGACUCCAAAUGAAUUUCAUAAAGUCAUCUAUAAAAUUGUUCACGAUUUAGAAGGUACCACAGUGUAUUUUGAUGAUAUAAUGGUUCAAGGUUCUUCUAUUGAAGAAUGUAAAUUUCGUUUAAUUAAAGUUCUUGAAAGAUUACGUAAAGAUAAUCUGCAUAUGAGUCGAGAAAAAUGUCAAUUUUUCAAGAAGAGAAUUCAAUAUUUGGGUCAUGUCAUUUCAAAAAAAGGACUCGAAAAAUCUGAAGAUAAAAUCAAAGCGAUCAUAGAAGCACCAAGGCCGACCUCUUUAGAAGAACUUCAACGUUUUCUUGGAAUGGUGAUCAUUCAAAAAGCCAAAGCUGAAAUAGCCAUUGAACGAGUUUUCAUGUCUUUUACACCUGAUUUAGACAUAACACUUGCCACAGACGCCAGUCCGUAUGGACUUGCAGGUGUUUUGUCACAUCGUUUUCCAGACGGAUGUGAAAAACCAGUUGCUUUUGCAUCCAGGUCGUUGACAAAAGCUGAACGACAUCCAGCCACAAAUGGUCAAGCAGAACGAUACUGUCAAACAUUAAAAACAAAAUUUAAAUGCAUGAUGAAUGAACCCGGUGAUUUACACGCGAAACUUUGUAAGUUCCUCCUGCAGUAUCGAGUUACUCCGUUAUCUUCUGGGCAGACACCUUCUGAACUCUUUUUUCAAGUUCCUGCUUACAUGAUAGUGAUAAUGAUCGAGGAGGUUUGA